AUGGGAAUGGGUUUGUUAAUGUCUACUAAUGCGAAAUUAUCAACAAGUUUUCUAAUGUAUAUAGUUGGAUGCUUUAGCUGUGUAAUGGUUUACUUUGUUCCUUCUUGGAUUGGAUAUUACGCUGGUCUGGUUCUUGGUGCAUAUUUUAUGGCUAUUGCUCCAUAUUUAAUUAGGUCUGCAAUAAUUCACAACCCUGGUCGAACUUUGUUUACUGCCAUGAUGGUUUAUAAUAUUUUUUGUCUUGCACAUGUAUGGGUCGUUGCUUACGAGUUUGUUCCUGGGGGACCAUUAGCUCGUGAACGCACAAAUUGGAUUUUAAUAUUUAUGAUGACAUUCAUUGGCUCAGGUGUUCUUAAUGCUGCUAGUGUUGUUGAAAAAUUUAAAACUACACAACUUCAAAAAAUUAGAUCUAUUAGAAAUUAUACUCGUAUAGCUGUUUUUGUAAUUAUUUUUCUUGGAAUUUUUGUCGCAUUCGUUAGAUUUACAUCUGCGAAAACGCCAGUUCCGCAUAGACCAGAGCAUAAAAUGUUUACGGCCGGUAUUUGGACAAUUCAUUUCACUCUUGAUAAUGAUAUGUGGUCUUCAGAA